AUGUGUUUGAGCUGGUUCAGCAGAAAGAAACGCAGUCCACUCGAGGUUGCCGUCGAGGAGGUAACUAAUGCUAACCUUGCUUUGCGUAACAACGAUGCUCGUACAGCUGCAACUUCAUAUGAAAAGGCUGCAAAAGCUUACGGGGAGAUAAACCAGACGUCUGAACAGUCGAAAUAUUUACUAGAAGCGGCCCGAAUCUACCAGAGUGUCGACAUCAACGAGGCAGUGCGUGUGAUGUCGACAGCUAUUGAUGGCUUUGUUAUACAAGGCCAACUGCGACGAGCGGCAACACACGCUUCUAACCUCGCAGAGAUAUGCAAAGAUGGCGGCCAUUUCAGUCAAGCUAUGUAUUGGUACGAGAAAGCAGCAACUUGGUUCGAGCAAGAGGGGUCUACGUUACUGAGCAACAAGUCGUUUAUAGCAUACGCCGAUAUCGCAGCACUUAAUGGGGAACCGUUUAGAGCAGCUGAGAUUUAUCAGAAAGUUGCAGAAAAGUCACUUGGAACUCCAUCUGCGGGUUGGACUGUCAAAGAGUACUGCGAACGUGCAGUUCUUAGUAUGCUCAUUGCGAAGGAGUUCGCACAAGCAACCCAGCAAAGGCUCAAGUUUUGCUCUUGGGAUCGAGUGUUCGAAUCUUCCCCCGAGAAUGCCUAUUUGGAGCGCGUAAUUCACGCAGUCGCCGGCAACGAAUUGACGCAAUUCGAGAAUGCUAUGUUUCAAUGGGAUCAGGAGUCGCGCCUGAGCGAUUGGAUGGUGAGUGCAAGUCUGAUAAUAAAAAAACAGAUGUCUGAUGAAGAGUUACUAUAG